GGAUAUUUAAUGGCGACAGAGCUAGUGCCGCUACUUGGCGCAGAGCGAGCCCGCGGCAUGUCGUUUCGCUACAACAGUUCUUCAGACACAGCUAAGUUCGUGGCAGAAGAGGAGACGGUGGGAAGCAUCAACAUGGCGGCCAAGCUGGAAGACGGGCGCGGGCUGGGGGAGAGCCAGGCAACGAGCAGCGUGGAGGAGUCGCUAAGACAUCGCUCGACCUCGUCUCCCGCAAGCACGGACGACUUUUUCAGGGUCGAGGACAAUGACCCCGUGGCCCAGGCCUUGCAGCAGUGUGAGAAGUGGGUUCUACGACCUUAUCGCUUGGUCCUUCGAAUCUUGGGCUGGACUCCGUUCACGAGAGAUGGAGACCCGAAGUGGCUCAUUCCAGUAAGAAUUCUGUUGGUCGUCAUGUGGACGCUGGUCAUCAUCGCCACGUCGCUGACACAGAUACUCUCCUGCUUCCCUAGAGACCGGUUCACGCCGGCUAAAGCAUUUCUGAACAGCAAAAACGAAACAGUCAGAGAGAUAGUGUGCACAGAGCACGUCAUCAGUUCAUUUGUCUUCUUUGAUCUCCUCCUCCUGGUCACGUACUGGUUCGGCCUCUACCUCUUCUCCCGUGGGGAAACUGAGUACCUCUCCAACCUGGCCGAGAAGGUGUUUAUCAAGCAGAGUACCCAGGGGAAGGGGAAGACCAGUAACUGGCCCAUGAUCGCCACAAUCUUAGCGUUCCUUGUGGUUGCUCUGCUGUGGAUUCUGGUGUCGUUUGCCGUGCGGCUGAUGACGGCUCGCACGGUGAGAAUGUUUGAACCAGAGACUAUCAUCCGCUGGAACUCAGACACCACAUUUGAACACGGUGGUAAACUGCUCCUGAUAAUCCUCUCCCUGAUUGGGUUCUUCACGUUCGACAUGGUCUACGUGGCGGCAGUGAUGAACUACGCGGCACAGAGCGAGAUGUUGGUCUACCUACUAAAGUCAGUCAGGGGACUGGUGGAGCAAAAACAAUACAAUGAUGUUGAUGAGGCCAUUAAGGUAAUGUCGAGUUGGAACUGUGGAAACCCUCUAAUCCAGACACCAACGGGGCAGGAGAUAGUGUCCGUAUUAGUGAGGUGUCCUUAUUCCAGAGGUGUCCUUAUUCCAGGGGUGUCCUAAUUACAGAGGAGGUGUCCUUAUUCCAGGGGUGUCCUAAUUACAGAGGUGUCCUGGAUUCCUUGCUAAAGAAAAAUAGGGGAGUCCAGCUGAACAAUAAAUUGUUUUAUAGCUGCUAAACACAGUGAAAAGACUUUCAAGAGCAGAAACAGAAAUUUUGCGUGUGGUACAUAAAUGUACGUAACAAUUUUGGCCACGACAGCUGCGUACGUAUAUUUUAGUCCGUUCCUUGUCUUCAUCUGUCAGGACAUUAUGGAGAUCAGGAAAUAUCUGAGAGUACUGAAUGGUAAAACUGCAGCUGCUACUGCUCUCAUUCUCUACAACCUCGGCUCUGCCGGUGUCCUCGCCAUUGUGACAUUGGACAAAAUCAGCACGUUCAACAUGGGCUACUUCGACAAGACGCUUGCGACGGUGACUGCAGGGUUAAACGUCCUACUGUGGAUGGGCCUUGUCUGCUUCCCCUUCAUACAGGCAGCGAGGGUGACGGACGCCUGUGAGAAAUUGAAAGAGACGGGAACACUCAUCCGAACGAGGCCACUCCAGUACAGCCACACCCCCCAACUGGACCUCGAUUCCUUCGUCUCAUUCACACAGGCAGUCAAACUCAGGGCCACCAUGUUUGGAAUCCCAGUCUACCCGUGGAUGGCCUACUUCGUGCUGGUUGCCUUUACAUUCACGAUGUUGGUCCUCUUACAAACCAACAUCUACUCCUUCUCCUACUACCUCUGACUCUAUACCUCGUGAACUCUGACCUCCAUGCCUAUGACGUCGUACUUCGAUAUUACUUUGCUUAAAUAGAGAGAGGGGGUAUUACUGUAUAAUUAUGUGUAGGUGGUUUGUGUACUGUGCGUAGAUUUUGAUUUUCUAGCCAUCGAUUGUGAAUAGGGAUUUUUCUUAUGUCUUUUUGAUCACUGCAUUUUUGUCUGUCAUUACCUGAAAUC